UUUGCAUUCAAACAUGGACUGGUACGUCAUCUAAAGAGUCAUGAUGGUAUACGAUUUAGGUGUUAUUUAUGUCCAUCUAUUUUUUCGGAUAAAUGGGCACUCUCGCGUCAUGUUAAGACAAUUCAUCGUGAGUAUUACAAUUGAUUAUUUAGUAAAAUAGUAAUAUGAAAAGAGAAAAUAUAUUAGUAGAGUGUUAAUAUAAGUGUAAUAUUUUGGAUCUCGUAAAGUAUGGUGUGGACUAUAAUAUUGCUAUUGGAAAUCAUGCUGAUUCGAGGGCUAUGUCAAUGAGUGAAAAUGUAAGUGUUGUGGAGAGAAUGCAGGUAGGCCCCAGUGCAAUUAGUCCUAAACGUCGCAAACAAUGUAACACCGACAAUACGAUUAAAAGUAAACGGGUAAAGGUGAAACGAUUACUAGACAUUACGACGAGCGGUUUUCAUAAAACGGGUGAAUCAUUAAAUAGUCAAAUUUUAUGGUUUUACAAAAAGAAUAUUGAAAAUGUAGUCCGGUAUCAAGCGUUUUUGUCGGCAACAAGAGGCGAUUUAGUUGAAAAAUUACGCGACUGUCUUAAAGAAAUGGGCCCGAUAAAAUUCAACUUAAAACUGGAGGCGACUUAUACUGUACUGAAUAAUGAAAACAAGUAUGAAAAUCGGUCAUUUAAAACGUCGGCAGUCGAGUUAAUUAACGAGGACGAUAUCGAUCAUGCUGUGGAUAUUUCAUACACAAAAUUAUUAGAAGAACAGGAAAACUAUGCUGGUAAAGUUGAGGCGCUAGAAGAACAUAAAAAAAUUUGUGGCGAAAACAAACCGUUCUUACCUAUAAUGCCUGAAGAGGGCACUAAAUUAAAGUUCGAGUCAUGGGGCAAAACACAGGAACUUCCAUUUGCUUCUCUCUGA